GACUAAAAAGCCACCCUCCAUUUCUUUCUCCAGAUUCUGGUGCCAAAAUUUAUCCCCGACGGCCAAACCCUAGCUCUGGGCAGAGGAAGAAAUCAAUCAAAGCAAAGUGGAGCCGAAUUUACCUGCUCUUUGACAGAUAAAUCAUCGAGUUUCUUGGAUCCGCAUCGACUUGUUCACCGCAAGUGAUUAGCCCAACCGCCGUCAUGAACCCGGUCGAUCCGAGAUAUGGCGACCCUGCUUCCUACCGCGACAGGAGAAGCGGAGGCCUGGCGAUUCCACCGAUGACGGGCAGUGCUGCUGGUGGCUAUGGCCAGGGAGCCCCUGCUCCGGCGGGUUUUGCUUCUUACCCGCCCUUUCAGCCUCCGGCAGGGAGGUUUGAUGUUGGUCGGGAUGGCGGUGGAAGGAUGGUCAAUGGGCACGUUAGAGACAGAGGAGGCCAUUCGGAUCAUGUUGGGAGGGGCUUUGGUGGUAGGGGUGGAGGACGUGGUGCCGGUGGAAGGGGAUUUGAUGGCAGCAGAGGCGGUGGAAGAGGCGGAAGGCAUGGUGGGCCACUGCCUAGAGGGGACCUGGACAACGUCUCUCUUCCAAGGCAGGAUUUUCGUCACCUGGUGCCUUUUGAGAAGAACUUCUAUGUCGAGAGUCCUGCAGUUCGUGCGAUGUCUGAGCACGAAGUUAUGACGUACCGCUCGAGGAGGGACAUUACAGUCGAGGGACAUGAUAUCCCUAAGCCUAUUAGAAUGUUUCACGAGGCUAAUUUUCCUGAUUAUUGCCUUGAGGUGAUUGCCAAGUUGGGUUUUGUUGAGCCAACUCCCAUUCAGUCCCAAGGCUGGCCUAUGGCUCUAAAAGGAAGAGAUUUAAUUGGCAUUGCCGAGACGGGUUCUGGGAAGACUUUGGCGUAUCUUCUUCCGGCAUUGGUUCAUGUCAGUGCGCAGCCACGUUUAGUUCAAGGUGAUGGUCCUAUUGUGUUGGUACUUGCACCUACUAGAGAGUUGGCUAUGCAAAUUCAACAGGAAGCCUUGAAAUUCGGAUCACAUGCAAACAUCAGGAGUACAUGUAUUUAUGGUGGUGCCCCCAAGGGACCUCAGAUUCGUGAUCUCAAGAGAGGUGUUGAGAUCGUGAUUGCUACUCCUGGGCGUCUGAUUGACAUGUUAGAAGCUCAGAAUACAAACUUACAGAGAGUGACUUACCUUGUCUUGGAUGAGGCUGAUCGAAUGCUUGACAUGGGGUUCGAGCCUCAAAUAAGGAAGAUAAUAGGACAGAUUCGACCAGAUAGGCAAACAUUGUACUGGAGUGCCACAUGGCCAAGGGAGGUCGAGACUCUGGCUAGACAAUUCCUGCGUAAUGCAUAUAAGGUGAUCAUUGGGUCUCCUGAUCUGAAGGCAAACCAAUCCAUAAAUCAGGUGGUUGAAGUAGUGAGGGAGGUGGAGAAAUACCACAGAUUAAUCAGGCUGCUCAAUGAAGUUAUGGACGGGAGUCGAAUCCUGAUUUUCAUGGAAACAAAGAAGGGAUGCGAUCAAGUCACCAAGCAACUGAGAAUGGAUGGGUGGCCAGCGCUAUCCAUCCACGGAGACAAGAACCAGGCCGAGAGGGACUGGGUCUUGUCCGAGUUUAAGAGUGGCAGGAGUCCUGUGAUGACGGCCACAGAUGUUGCUGCCAGGGGUCUUGAUGUUAAGGAUAUAAAAUGUGUGAUCAACUAUGAUUUCCCAACGAGCCUGGAAGAUUACAUCCAUAGGAUUGGGCGAACAGGCCGUGCAGGAGCAAGGGGAACUGCCUACACUUUCCUCACGGAUUCAAAUGCGAAGUUUGCGAGGGAGCUCAUUAAGAUCUUGCAAGAAGCAGGGCAGGUUGUGUCUCCUGCUUUGUCCAACUUGGCCCGAUCAUCAGCUGCCUCCCGUGGAGGUUCUGGUGGUGGGUUCCGUUCAAGAGGACGAGGUGGCUAUGGGAGCAGGUCACUCAUUUCGGGAUCAAACACUGUUCCUGUCGGCGGAAGGAGGCCUUGGUAAUCUGGGAAGAUACAUCUAUGUCGGCUUUCCGUAUGAGUCGGCAUGACUUAUUGUUUGUGCCUGUAUUGCAGCUGCAAUAUCUCUACUGUCAGCUGUCUAUGUUUAGACUUCAGUGUAGUACAGUUGUAGAGGAAGUAAUGUCUCUGCUCUGUAUGAUUUUUUUAAGACAAGUAAUUAUUUUGCUCGAGUCGCCAGAUUUGGAUCCUUUCCCGUUGCAUCUGUAGUUCACCUGGAACAAAGAAACCAUCUAUAUCAAUACAAACUUCAGCACUAUACAGUCGAUCGGGUCCGGUUUCCUUGAA